AUGGCAAGCAAAUUAGAAGGCACUGCCCUAAUCACCGGCGCUGGAUCAGGUAUCCCCUCGAGCUUUCAAUCAUUCAAGAUCAAAGGAAUAACAAAUCCAGGAAUCGGCCGCGGCACAGCCAAUACCCUCAUCCAAAACGGCAUCAACAACCUAUCCCUCCUCGACAUCAACAUCUCCGCACUCGAAAGCGCUCGAAAUGACCUGCUCUCUCAGCAUUCCACCGCCAACAUACUGAUACAACAAACCGACGUCGCUAGCGAAACAUCCAUCGCGACAGCCGUCAAAAAGACGGUAGAGAUGUAUGGCCGGAUCGAUGUUGCCAUCAACAGCGCCGGCAUUAGUGGCAACCCUUGUCCAACGCAUGAAAUGUCUUUGAGCGAAUGGCAGAGGGUGAUUGAUGUGAACCAGACGGGGGUUUGGAUAUGUCAGAGGGAGCUGAUACGGCAGAUGUUGGGGCAGGAGAACCUUGGCCCCCGUCGAGGUCGUGGCGUCAUUGUUAAUCUCUCGUCGAUGUUUGGUGUCCAUGCUCCACGAGGCGAAUUUGGGAUUUCCCCGUAUACUGCAUCAAAGCAUGCGGUAAUCGCCAUAACCAAACUGGACGCAAAAACGUAUGCACCGCACGGAAUUCGAAUCAACGCUAUUUGCCCUGGCUAUGUCGACACACCGAUUAUCGCCGACGCCAUCCGACUUGGGGCUCUGCAGGCGGAAUUUGACCGGACGCCGAUGAGGAGACCAUCCUCGGUGGAGGAGGUUGCAGAUUCAAUCUCAUUUCUGGCAUCCCCUAUGAGUAGUUAUAUGUGCGGUGCUGCGUUGGUGAUGGAUGGGGGGUAUACAAUUUAG